CUCGAGGUGGUUUUUAAUAUGGGAGUCUCCCAGGACAAGCUUAUAGAGUCAAUAUGUAAGGAACUUUUAACUCGUAAUCCAGACACGGUGACGAGGCACCAACAACUUGAAGAUGCAGACUUAUCGUUGGAGGAAAAAUCAUCCGAUCUUGUAAAGCUCUUUGAGGGUAAACCUGCUUCUUUUUUAGAAAGGCACGGAUCCUCAUUGACUCGGAAUGAAAUUGAACAGUUGUGGAAUACAUAUGACAGUUGCUACGAAAAAGAUGAAUUUGUUGUGUUCUUAUUUAAACAGUUAUGUUCACGAAAAACACUUUCUAAAAACGAAAUGUCGCAAAAGAUUAAAAAUAGACGGUUUACUUAUUUUCAGAAACUUGAAAAAGAAGGGAUAUUUGUAAAUUAAGGUGAAAUGCUAACCAUAAUACGUUUCUUAUACAGGUUACCUACAGGAUAACAACAUGAAAGAAAUGGACAGCAGAAAAUAUGAAAAGUAUGUGGGUCAGUACCUCACAGUUGACGAAAGAAAUUUACUGUUAAAUAAGGAAUCGAACGUCGACUCGUUCAGCUCCUUUUUAUUGGAAACCAUCAAAAGCGAACCCUCAUCUUGCGAAAGUGGGUCCGAGUUAGAGGAAUUUAACUCUAAAGAUGCACAGGAGUUGAUUAAAAAGUCUAAGCGGGCUAGACUGGAAAGUAUUUUUAGAGAUGAAUUUCUCUCUGGGAAAACUGAAGGAAUGAACUAUACGGCCAUUGACGAAUGUGAGUUUUUAGAUUAUGAGGGGCAAGCUCAACUAGAUAGGGAGGAAGCUUACUUUAAUGCCUGAUACUUAUAAAAUUAUAUUUGAGCCCAGAGCACUAUGACUCCUCCCACAACGUGGUGCCGUCGCAUGCGCAUAUUUGCUUUUUAUUUUGAAAAAGUCCUGAUGAGCGAGCGAUGAUUCCGCAUACAAUCGCCUCUUUAUAGUUAUAUGUUUAAAAAUUAAUA